UCCGGAGCGGCGACGCUGGAGGAGAAGGGAGGCACCCGGCGCCACCGGCGCCGCGGCGCUCACCGCGAGGCGGCCACUAUCGCGGGAGCCGUUGGGCAAAACCAAGGACGAGGCCUCCCAGGCCGCACCCCUGCCACGCGGGGGCGCUUGGCGACCAAUCAGCCCGUUCGGAACGCCGAUACCGGAAGUAGCCGAUUGAAGCCGGAUAUUCCUCGUAGAAAAAUUUCAGAGUAUGUCAAAAUUCAGAAAAUGAAUAUUUACCUCAAGAAUCCUCCUCCUGCUGUCACAAAAUCACAUGUUCCACUCAUUAAAGACUUCAGAUUAAACUACCUUUCAGACUCAUUUCCUGAGCUCAGAUCUUACAAGGAAGAAAAAGUAAAAAUAAUACAGAGAGCUUGGCUUUCUUACAUAAAUAGAAUAAUAUUUCGACUUCUAAGACACAUAAUUUGUGCAGUGGAACAUUAUGUGACUUCCGAAAUACUCCAGAAUGCAAGCCCCUCGGAAGCUGAACUUAUGAAAGAUCCUACCAUGAAGCAUAAAGUUAAAUUCAGAUUCAGUGGCGAAACAUUUCCACCUUACAUUGUAUUUAAAAUUUUUCUGCAUAGUGAUGGCCAUGGUUACAAGUAUUUUUGUGGAAGAAAUAUACUGAAGUCGUCAACUAAGGCAAUAGCUGAUACUUACAGGCUUGUGGGGGAAAAAAAGCUUUACUCUCAAAUGAUGGAAGAUGAGCUUAUUCACCAGAAGUUUGAAAUAAGUGACGAAGUAGACGUUGUCACCACGAAAGAUUAUAUGCAGUAUUCCAAUCUUUUAGAUCAGAUCCCUGCAUCUCGUGGUGGCAAAAAUAACCCUUGGCGUAGACUAGAGCUCAAAAACAUCCCCAAGUCAAUGAUGAUAUAUGACAUACUUGAUUUCAUAGAAAGUGGAACUCUUUCAAAUCGUCUCUUUAAGCAGCUGAAAUUUCUGGUACAGAAACCACAGUCAGAAGAAAUGCAUCGGCGUCAGCUAGAGAUAAUUACUGAAGUGAGGGUGACUGAACCAAAAGCUCUUAUACAACUACCUGCAAAACAAGUAGACAACGAAAUUAAAUACAUGGUUUAUAAAUCUAAGCAAGCACGAAAGGAAGCUAAAACUGUGAAAAAAGCUUGUAUGACCCCUAUAAAGAAAAAUAUGAACAUACAGAUGGGAGAAAAACCAAGUUUGAAACAAAUCAUCCUUUUUGAUUCAUCAUUUGACCUUGUGAAAACGAAUGAAAUUACAACAGAUCCCAUUUAUACUAGUGAGAACUUUAAAAAGGAUAAAGAGGAAUUACUUGACUGGUGUGAAAAAUUGCUCAGUAGUAAAACUUUAAAUGCCACUAAACGACUAAGAAACCUUCAAUGAUAAGAAAACUUCACUGUUUUCUUAUCUAUUUGCAAAUGAACAUGCAUGUUCUAGAAAACUAUAAAGCAACUUCUUAGAACAACUUCAACCAAAAAAAAGUGUGGUGUCAUUUUUUUUCUUAGACCUAUUUGUAUUACCAUAGGUACAAUCAAUUUUUACUGACAAAAUUUUAAACUGAAUAUUACAAGUAGAUACUUUCAAAUUAGCCAUAUACAGUUCUAUUCAAGUAAUGAUGAAUAAAUUAUUUCCUGAGACUUUAAGGUAUGUGCCUUGCAUGCAGCCAACCCCAUUUUGAUCCCUGGCACUCACAAAAUCCUUUUAAACACCACCAGGAUUGAUCUCUGAGUAGAGAGCUAGAAGCAAGCCCUGAGCACUGCUAGGUAUGAGCACAAUACCAAAAAGAAAAAAAAACUAUCUGAACAGAAAUGUUUACCCUAAGUAUUAGAAUUUCUGGAAUAAAUGACUGUUCUUGAGUUAGCCUCCAGUAUCUUUUAUUUAAGGUACAUAUUUGGUUUACAGAACAGCUUGUGACUGACCUA